AUUUAGACUUUUGAGGGAAUGGCUCUCUGUAAUUCAAAAAUAAUCGAACCCCUCCACUUCCCGAAAUCCCCAAGAUCACUUCUCCGAUUCCUCAGUCUACUUACUGAUUGUUGGGUUUCUUAUCUCAGAAACCUUCAAUUUCUUGAAAAUAACAUCUCCUACUGCGUCACUUUCUCCACUGUUCACAUCCUAGUUUGAAAUCUCAAGGCAAGCUCUAUUGGAUUGGGAUCCUUGGGCUUGGGGCGCCCGUUGUAAUUCGGUUGGAAAAUUUGGCAGUUUGAAUUUGCAAUUAUCUUUCCUAGGUCUUUGAAUUUAAGGGAAGAAUGUAUAUAAAGGAGAUAUGCUUAGAGGGGUUCAAAUCAUAUGCGACAAGAACGGUGGUCCAGGGUUUCGAUCCUUUCUUUAAUGCGAUAACGGGGUUGAAUGGGUCGGGCAAGUCGAACAUUCUAGAUUCCAUUUGCUUUGUGUUGGGUAUAACCAAUUUGCAGCAGGUUCGCGCAGCGAAUCUCCAGGAGCUGGUUUACAAGCAAGGGCAAGCUGGCAUUACUAAGGCUACUGUGUCUAUCGUGUUUGAUAACUCUGAUAGGAGCAGGAGUCCCCUAGGAUAUGAAGAUCAUUCAGAGAUCACGGUAACAAGACAGAUUGUGGUUGGUGGAAGGAACAAGUAUCUGAUUAAUGGAAAGCUUGCGCAGCCUAGUCAAGUUCAAAAUCUUUUCCAUUCAGUGCAGCUGAAUGUGAACAAUCCGCAUUUUCUCAUUAUGCAAGGACGCAUCACAAAGGUCUUAAAUAUGAAGCCCCCUGAGAUUUUAUCCAUGCUGGAAGAGGCUGCUGGGACUAGAAUGUAUGAGACAAAGAAAGAUUCUGCACUGAAAACACUUGAGAAGAAGCAGAGUAAGGUUGAUGAGAUUAAUAAGCUUCUUGACCAGGAAAUACUUCCUGCUUUGGAGAAAUUGAGGAAGGAAAGGAUGCAGUAUAUGCAGUGGGCCAAUGGAAAUGCUGAAUUAGAUCGACUCAAAAGAUUUUGCAUUGCUUAUGAAUAUUUUCAAGCAGAGAAGAUUAGGGACUCUGCAGUUGUUGAGGUGGAACAAAUAAAAGCCAAGAUUUUGGAGAUUGAUAAUGACAAAGAAAGGACACAGGUGGAAAUACAGAAAAUGGAGACAAAAAUAUCACAAUUGACUGCUGAAAAAGAAGCUAGUAUGGGCGGGGAAGUAAAAACUUUGUCAGAGAAAGUACAUAUGCUCUCUCAAGAUCUUGUGCGUGAGAUAUCUGUGUUGAAUAAUAAGGACGAUACUUUAAGGAGUGAAAAUGAGAAUGCUCAAAAGAUAGUCUAUAGUGUCGAAGACUUGAAGCAAUCUGUGGAAGAGGGGGCUAGUGCUGUGAGAAAGUCUGAAGAAAGAGCAGCUGAUCUCAAAAAGAGAGUUGAGAAACUCUCUAAGAAUUUGGACGAGCAUGAGAAGGAUUACCAAGGUGUCUUAGCUGGUAAGAGCAGUGGAAAUGAGGAGAAAUGCCUUGAAGAUCAACUAGCUGAAGCAAAGGUGGCUGUUGGGAGUGCAGAAACUGAAUUGAAACAGUUGAAAACAAAACUCAGCCAUUGUGAAAAAGAGCUGAAGGAGAAAAGGCGUCAGUUAGUGUCAAAGCGUGAGGAAGCUGUUGCUGUAGAGAAUGAGUUUCAUGCUAGAAAAAAAGAUUUGGAACAUGUUAAAUUAUCAUUGGAAUCUCUUCCAUACAAGGAGGGCCAGAUGGAAGCUUUGCAAAAGGAUUGUACAUCUGAAAUGGAGUUUGGGCAGAAGUUGAAAGACAAAAUACGGGAUCUUUCAGCACAACUAUCAAAUGUCCAGUUCACAUACCGAGAUCCUGUGAAAAACUUUGAUAGGUCAAAAGUAAAAGGUGUUGUAGCAAAGCUUAUCAAAGUAAAGGAUAGCUCUACAAUGACUGGCUUAGAGGUUACUGCAGGUGGCAAGUUAUUUAAUGUUGUUGUGGACACUGAAAAUACUGGAAAGCUACUUCUUCAAAAGGGUGAUCUCCGAAGAAGAGUAACAAUUAUUCCUUUGAACAAAAUUCAAUCUCAUACCGUGCCCCAACGAGUUCAGCAGGCUGCUAUUAGAUUGGUUGGCAAGGGGAAUGCAGAACUAGCACUUUCUUUAGUUGGUUACGAUGAGGACUUAAGUAGUGCUAUGGAAUAUGUAUUUGGUUCGACCUUUGUUUGCAAAACCAUUGAUGCUGCGAAGGAGAUUGCUUUUAGUCGAGAAAUUCGCACUCCCAGUGUCACUCUUGAAGGUGAUAUAUUUCAACCAAGUGGUCUUUUGACUGGUGGAAGUCGCAAGGGUGGUGGUGAUCUGUUAAGGCAACUUCAUGAAUUAGCAGAGGCUGAAUCAGAGCUUUUACUACAUGAAGGAAAAUUAUCUGGAAUUGAAGCAAAGAUUACAGAGCUCUUGCCUCUUCAUAAAAAGUUCACAGACUUUAAAAAACAGCUAGAGCUUAAACAUUAUGACCUGUCAUUAUUUCAAGGCAGGGCUGAGCAAAAUGAGCAUCACAAGCUUGGUGAGUUGGUGAAGAAGAUUGAGCAGGAGCUUGAAGAAGCAAAUUCUAAAGCCAAAGAAAAGCAAAUUUUGUACAAAGAGUGUGUUAGUAUGGUCUCGAUGCUUGAGAAAUCAAUAAAAGAGCAUGAUAAUAAUCGAGAAGGCAGGCUGAAAGACUUGGAGAAAAAAAUUAAGGCUAUAAAAUCUGAAGUACAAUUAGCUUCAAAGGAUCUCAAGGGGCAUGAGAAUGAAAGAGAGAGACUUAUUAUGGAACAGGAAGCUGUCAUUAAAGAACAAACAUCUUUGGAGAGUCAAUUAGGUUCCUUGAGAAUGCAAAUUAACCAUCUCAAUUUGGAAAUAGAAGAACAAAAAGCCAAGGUUGUUUCCAUACGUAAUAAUCAUGAUCAAGCUCAAUUUGAGCUAGAUUUGAUACGUCAAAAGAUGAAGGAAUGCGAUUCUCAAAUUAGCAGCAUUCUGAAGGAGCAGCAAAAACUUCAACAUAAAGUUGGUGAGACAAAGCUUGAGAGGAAGAAGCUAGAAAAUGAGGUGAAAAGAAUGGAAGUGGAACAAAAAGAUUGCUCUAUGAAGGUGGACAAAUUAAUUGAGAAGCAUGCCUGGAUUGCUUCUGAGAAACAACUAUUUGGAAGAAGUGGGACAGAUUAUGAUUUUAUGUCCCGUGAUGCCUGUAAAGCAAGGAAAGAACUUGAGAAGUUGCAAGCUGAACAAUCAGGCCUUGAGAAAAGGGUGAACAAGAAGGUUAUGGCAAUGUUUGAGAAAGCUGAAGAUGAGUACCAUGAUUUAAUGUCCAAGAAAAACAUCAUUGAGAAUGACAAGUCUAAAAUCAAGAAGGUGAUUGAGGAGCUUGAUGAGAAAAAGAAGGAAACUCUCAAAGUCACUUGGGUUAAAGUUAACAGUGACUUUGGAUCCAUUUUUUCUACCCUAUUACCUGGAACCAUGGCAAAACUAGAACCUCCUGAAGGUUGCAAUUUCCUGGAUGGUGUAGAGGUUCGUGUUGCAUUUGGAGGUGUUUGGAAACAAUCCUUGUCAGAACUAAGUGGAGGUCAACGGUCUCUGCUUGCCCUUUCUCUAAUCUUGGCAUUGCUUCUCUUCAAGCCAGCUCCACUUUAUAUCCUGGAUGAGGUUGAUGCUGCUCUUGAUUUAAGCCAUACGCAGAACAUAGGGAGAAUGAUCAAAGCUCACUUUCCACAUUCCCAGUUUAUUGUGGUUUCGCUGAAAGAAGGCAUGUUCAACAAUGCAAAUGUUCUUUUCCGAACUAAAUUUGUGGAUGGUGUUUCAACCGUACAGAGGACUGUUGCCGCUAAGCAAAACAAAUGAUUGCUUUUAUAUUACCAGAUUAUUUGUUGCAGAGAUUGUCAAUUGAAAGAUUGGGGAGUUUGGCCGGGAAUGCUGGACACUGAAAGUGAUCCAAUACUGGUGCUAAUUUAUUUGCAAUGUGUUGCGCGAUGAUGUAAUGUUAAUUGAAAAUAUGCAUGUCAAGCUGUAGAAAUUUGUACUAACUUUAUUGUAUGUUAAUGCUGGUAGAUAUAUGAAAAGAAAACAUGUAAUUCUGUUCAAUCAAAUUAUUUCUGUGAUCAAAAUUGACAUAGUUUAGAUGAAAGACAUUAUGCAAUUUGAGGAGUAGUGGAGGCCUACAAAUAGUAGGUGAGUUUGCGUCCAGUGGAUUGGGUCACUUGAAAUCGAGAGCUUGCAGAAUUCAUAGACUGGGCGUAUAGCCUAAAUUUGAUUAAUUUCAAAAAUUUAGCAUCGGGUCUCAUUGGCCACGAAAAAGGAGUUGGUAUGCUUGCACUAAGAAAAUGCCGUACUGGAGUUAAAUGGUGGCAUUCACAAUUAGAAAGUGCAUUGUUCGAACUUAAGUCAAAAGUUAUGAUGUCUUCCUGUUCAUGUACAGUGAUGCCUCUCUUUCUAGGGGAAUUCGACAUGCCUAUUACUGGUCAAUCGUGGGGGCUCUAAUCUAAGAGGAAAACGAAAUGGGAUAUGGUACUAUAUAUUUUGUCCAUGACAUGGUUAUGGUUGUAUCAGCUAAGUAAGAAGAAAAACAUGGCAUUGAAGGAGUACUUCAUUACUUUAGUGGUUCUCUUUGUUAUGCUUUUGCUUACUUCGCAAGCAGCAACAAGGGAGCUGGGUUUACGUUCUUCUAAGCCUUCAAUGCCAAAUGAAGAGAACAGGGUGCACCUAGUGGAGCUUAAAGUUGGAGGGGCACCUAAACAAUCAGAUAGUCCUUGGGAUGGACACUAUUAAUCUCCUGUUAGUCAAUGAAUAAAUUAUUUGUGAUCUUAUCCUCUGUAAGAACCAUAAUGCUUGAUGGAAAUCUCAUACGUAAUAAGAGCAAGCAAAUGAUGCAAUAAUAAUUCUGCCAGGUUCUUGGUUUGUCAGGA